CCUUCUCUUUCUCGCGUGCGUGCGCGCGCUGCCUGUGAGUGCGUUAGCGUUAAUGGCUCCUCCUGCGCGAGAGAGAGACACCGAGCUCCAGCACCGAGCAGUACAGGGGGAGCUGUCCGAACACCCCGAAAAACUCGCUCUCCGUCAGCGAAAAUACAACUGUUUACGCCUUUCAGUUGGUCCGUUUUAAACCGAAGACCCUCAUGUUAACGACGGAAGCGGGACGUUAGAGGAAAAAGCGUUGUGAGUUUUUUGAAACAAACAAACAAACAAAAAAAAAAAUCAACUCGCCAAAUGAACUCCGUCAGAGCGACCAACAGAAGACCCAGGCGAGUAUCGAGGCCGCGCCCGGUGCAGCCCGAGAGGAACAACGGCGAAAGAGGUACCAAAUGUGCAGUAGGGAGGAACAGACUGUAGACCUCUCAGGUGAUCAGUACACCAGAUGAGGACGUCCCUGCAGAUAUGGUUGCAGAAGAAUCUGGUCCAGGAGCUCAAAACAGUCCAUAUCAACUCCGCAGAAAGUCUUUAUUGCCUAAGAGAACCGCGUGUCCCACAAAAAGCAGUAUGGAGGGAGCCUCCACUUCAGCAACAGAAACUUUUGGUCACCGAGCAAAACGUGCCCGAGUGUCAGGAAAGUCCCAAGACCUUCCAGCUUCCCCUGCAGAACAGUAUCUCCAAGAAAAGCUUCCAGAUGAGGUGGUCCUGAAGAUUUUUUCUUACUUGCUAGAGCAAGAUCUGUGUCAGGCUGCUUGUGUCUGCAAGCGCUUUAGUGAGCUAGCUAAUGACCCUAUUCUCUGGAAGCGAUUGUACAUGGAGGUGUUUGAAUACACACGGCCCAUGAUGCAUCCAGAACCAGGGAAAUUCUAUCAAAUAAACCCUGAAGAAUAUGAGCAGCCUAACCCAUGGAAGGAAAGCUUUCAGCAACUGUAUAAAGGUGCACAUGUUAAGCCUGGCUUUGCAGAACAUUUUUACAGCAAUCCAGCCAGAUACAAAGGCAGAGAGAAUAUGCUGUACUAUGACACCAUUGAGGAUGCAUUGGGAGGAGUUCAGGAGGCCCAUUUUGAUGGGCUAAUAUUUGUUCAUUCUGGAAUCUACACAGAUGAAUGGAUCUACAUCGAGUCUCCCAUUACAAUGAUCGGUGCAGCUCCUGGAAAAGUAGCUGAUAAGGUUGUCAUUGAGAACACUAGAGAUUCAACAUUUGUGUUUAUGGAGGGUUCAGAAGAUGCAUAUGUAGGUUACAUGACCAUUAGGUUCAACCCUGAUGAUAAAUCAGCUCAGCAUCACAAUGCACACCACUGCCUGGAGAUCACAGUGAACUGCAGCCCGAAUAUUGACCACUGCAUUAUUCGCAGCACCUGCACAGUGGGUUCGGCAGUGUGUGUAAGUGGUCAAGGUGCAUGUCCCACCAUCAAGCACUGCAACAUCAGUGACUGUGAAAAUGUGGGGCUCUACAUCACUGAUCAUGCGCAGGGCAUUUAUGAAGAUAAUGAAAUCUCCAACAAUGCAUUAGCGGGGAUCUGGGUGAAAAACCAUGGCAACCCCAUCAUUAGGAGGAACCAUAUCCAUCAUGGCAGAGAUGUUGGCGUGUUCACAUUUGACCAUGGCAUGGGCUACUUUGAGAGCUGCAACAUACAUAGAAACAGAAUUGCAGGUUUUGAGGUAAAGGCGUAUGCCAACCCCACAGUGGUGCGCUGUGAAAUUCACCACGGCCAAACAGGCGGCAUCUACGUCCACGAGAAGGGCCGGGGCCAGUUUAUAGAGAAUAAGAUCUAUGCUAAUAACUUUGCUGGUGUGUGGAUCACGUCAAACAGUGACCCCACCAUUAGGGGUAAUGCCAUCUUCAAUGGAAAUCAAGGGGGCGUUUACAUAUUUGGUGAUGGCAGAGGUCUCAUAGAGGGCAAUGAUAUUUAUGGAAACGCCCUGGCCGGCAUUCAGAUCCGAACCAACAGCUGCCCUAUAGUCAGACACAACAAGAUACACGAUGGACAGCAUGGGGGAAUCUAUGUACAUGAGAAGGGCCAGGGUGUUAUUGAGGAGAAUGAAGUGUAUAGCAACACCCUAGCAGGAGUGUGGGUGACCACAGGGAGCACACCCGUGCUCAGGCGGAACAGAAUACACAGUGGCAAACAGGUUGGAGUGUAUUUCUAUGAUAAUGGUCAUGGUGUAUUGGAGGAUAAUGAUAUCUAUAACCACAUGUACUCUGGUGUACAAAUCAGAACUGGAAGCAACCCCAAGAUUAGAAGAAACAAAAUCUGGGGAGGGCAGAAUGGAGGCAUUCUUGUUUACAACUCUGGGUUGGGCUUUAUUGAGGACAAUGAGAUAUUUGACAAUGCCAUGGCUGGAGUAUGGAUUAAGACUGACAGCAACCCCACCCUACGUAGGAACAAGAUCCAUGAUGGCCGAGAUGGUGGUAUCUGCAUAUUUAACGGUGGAAGGGGAUUAUUGGAGGAAAAUGACAUCUUCAGAAAUGCCCAGGCUGGUGUCCUCAUUAGUACUAACAGUCACCCAGUAUUGCGGAAGAACCGAAUAUUUGAUGGCUUUGCUGCUGGCAUCGAGAUAACAAACCAUGCUACUGCAACUUUAGAAGGCAAUCAAAUAUUCAAUAACAGAUUUGGAGGGCUGUUUCUUGCUUCUGGUGUCAAUGUCACAAUGAAAGACAACAAAAUCAUGAACAAUCAGGAUGCCAUAGAGAAAGCUGUGAGCAGAGGUCAGUGCCUGUACAAGAUUUCCAGUUACACCAGCUAUCCCAUGCACGACUUUUACAGGUGCCACACUUGUAACACAACAGACAGAAAUGCAAUCUGUGUGAACUGUAUUAAGAAGUGCCACCAAGGGCAUGAUGUUGAGUUUAUACGACAUGAUAGGUUUUUCUGUGACUGUGGUGCGGGAACACUGUCGAACCCUUGCACGUUAGCUGGAGAGCCGACACACGACACGGACACUCUGUAUGACUCGGCGCCUCCUAUAGAGUCUAACACAUUACAACACAACUGAGGUUCAGCCUGUUCUCCAUCUCAGCACCCUGGUCUUUAAUUUAUCCUGUCUAUAAAGUCAGAGCUUCUAUAACUCUGGUCUUAGAAAGACUCUGCAUACAACGUGACAGGACAACAAACUUUUUAGACUUGAAUAAAUUGUAUGGUAAAGGAAACCAUUUUGAGUGGAGACAUGGGACUCCUUUGGAUCUCUGCCUGUUUUCUGGAUAGAGAUGUCUCUAUAUUGCUAAAAGGGUUCUGAUGCAAGCGGAUACGAGAGAUUCCCUGUUCAUAUUCACUUGGCUCUCAAUCUGCAAAGAGUUAAUAGUUGACUAAAGCUUUGGAAGAGUUAAGAGCUGCACAGAGAAGCAAUAUGUUGACUCAGGAUUCUGGAGAUUAAGAGAAUAGACAACAGUGGCAUCAACUUUCAGCAGAAGAACGAAGGAAAUGUCCAAACCGAUAAGCCUGUGCAGUCUCUGAUGCGUGCAGGUUCAGGUGAAGUUCUUUUGCAGUUUUGUACAGGCGUAACAGUGGCCAGAAACACACAGCCAUCACCCCUCCCCCAGAGACGCUGCCUGGAUAAGAGGGAGAGCCAUGAUGACAUGGCUUCCUUGGCAACUGUUUCUAGGUAACAGAUUUGCUGGUUAUAUGUAUGGUAUAAAAAAAAUGAAAAAAAUGUGGUUAGCACUUGCUUUUUCUUUUCUUCCCUUCUUUCUUUAUUUUUUAAACAUUAAUGUUAUUCUGAUCAACAAAUAUGAUUUUAAUGCUUUCUCAUGUAGUUUUGUAUUUUCAAGCAAAAUCUUACAGUAUUUGAAUGUCUUUUAUUUUAUUAUAUAUUAUAAUUAUUAUUGUUAUUAAUAUUUUCGUUAGCGCAUGUUAGGCUUGUAAUCAUACUGUGUCUCAGCAUAUAAAUUCUUUCUGUGAAAGAGGAAUAGUGAAAAAAAAAAAAAAAAAGAUUUGGAAAACACUACAAUGUCCUCCAGCUAUGGUUUUCGAUAGGCAAAGGUAUGAAGCGGUUGUUAAUGUGUGGUGGUUUUUUAUUUUUUAUUUUUUUUUAUUCUGUUCCUUUCAUUUUAUUAUUUAUUUUGCCUUUUUAUAAACUUUCCUCUGGCUGUGACUCUUAUAAAAGCCUCCAUGUGGUCCCCCAGCUCACAGUGUUUGCUUUACCUUUCACUGCCAUUUAGACAAACAGGGACAUUUCCCUGGCCUUUUUUUUUUUUCCUACCUAAACAUUUGGAAAAGUGAUUUCUAACCAGACUUUAAAGUGCUAAUAAGAUUCUAAUGGAAGUGUUUAUGAACAUUUAUUAAUGUUUAUACAAAGUCCUGCUUCACUUAUGCUUUUAUUCUUGUCCGUAAAAUUUUCAUGGACAGUGAUGAGUACAUCUCCCAGUUUUAUUAGAAUAUAUUCUUUUCUUUUGGCCAUUGACCUAUAAACGUGCCUGUUCUUUCUUUUUCUUUCUUUUUUUUUUUUUUUUUGAGUGAUUAGUAUGAUUGAAAAGCAUUGCUGGAGUUUGCCAUGUUUUAAGGCCCUGGCCUCUUCAAAGCUGAAACACAAGUCUCUACGGCCUCAUUGUCUUUUUGCCCCUCUCUUCACCCCCAUCUCUGUGUAUUGUGGUGACUGUGGCUUCUCAUGCUGCCGCAAUUGUAUGCAUGUACCAUAACAUCUAGACUUAAUAUAUUGUGAAGUAUUCAAUAACCAUUAUGUAGAUGCUAGUGUGAAUUCAAAAAGGGUUUAAUUUCCUAGAAAACAAAACAAAAAGGAAACUGGUCAUUUUUAAGAAAAUAAACUUUAUUAGAUCAA